AUGUCACAGGCCUACACUGCAGCAACGAACCAAACUGAAAAUGAUCCUUACCGGCUUCCAAAGAAUGUCAAACCGCUUCACUACACCGUGACUGUAAAGACGGAUCUCGAGGCGCUCCAGUUCGAGGGACACGUCGCUGUGGAUCUAGAGGUCCUUGAGGAAACAUCCACCAUCAUCUUCAAUGCCGCCGACCUUGAGCUUAAUCAGGCGUCAUUGCAGUCCGAGGCCCUCAAGACCGAGGAGAUUCAGAUUGCUGAGCAAUCCAUUAAUACAGAUCUCGACCGAGUCACCCUCAAAGUGGCCAAGGCGCUGCCAAAGGGCAAGGCUCGUCUGAAUAUCGCGUUCAAGGCGCCCUUGACCAACAAAAUGACGGGCUACUACUACUCCAAUACGGAAAUUGAUGGAAAGAAGGCCCAUUAUACUCUCACUCAAUUCGAACCCACUGAUGCGAGGAGAGCUUUCCCGUGCUGGGACGAGCCUGCCCUGAAAGCAACAUACGACAUCAUUAUGAUUUCUCGAGAGAAUACGGUCAACCUGUCAAAUAUGCCUGCAAUCUCUGAAAAACCCUUCACGAAAGCGGAGACAGAGUAUGAUCAAUCCAUCGGGAAGCUCACCAAAAUGUUUGCUAAUCUCAAGACGGAGAGUUCAGAGGGUGGCUGGAAGAUUACAAAGUUCCAAACAACACCACUCAUCUCCAGCUACCUCGUCGCCUAUGCCAAUGGACCAUUUGAGUACAUCGAGGAUCACUACACGUCUCCUUUGAGCGGCAAAACCCGUCCUGUUCGAAUGUAUGCCACCAAGGAUAUCAUUCACCAGACCAAGUUUGCUCUAGACGUCAAUGUCAGAUGCCUGUCCUUGUACGAAAAAGUCUUUGAAGUUGAAUAUCCACUGCCCAAGUUGGACACGCUCGUGGCACACGAUUUCGAUGCAGGCGCUAUGGAGAACUGGGGCCUCAUUACCGGACGUACCACUGCAUACCUUAUUGAUGAAGAAAAAAGCGAUAUUGCGGCGAAGAAACGCGUAGCAGACGUUGCCUCUCACGAAGUCGCUCAUCAAUGGUUUGGUAAUAUUACCUCUCCUGAAUGGUGGGACGUUCUAUAUCUCAACGAAGGCUUCGCUACUCUCAUGGGAGAGCUUGUCAUCCUUGACAAACUUUUCCCUGAGUGGGGCGCAAAGAUGUCGUUCAUCAACAGCCAUCUCGAGCGGGCACUUGCCUUGGAUGCCAGACGUUCAAGCCAUCCUAUCGAGGUUCCUUGCGAUGAUGCGAAGAAGAUCAACAUGAUCUUUGACGCCCUUAGCUAUUCAAAGGCUGGUUCCGUUCUUCGCAUGCUUUCCGACUAUGUCACGGAGGAAAAGUUCCUCAAGGGUGUGUCUAUCUACCUCAAGAAGCAUCUUUAUUCGACGGCACGUACGAUCGAUCUUUGGAACGGUAUCUCCGAGGCGACUGGUCAGAACGUGCCAGACCUGAUGCACAAUUGGGUCAACUGUAUUGGCUUUCCCGUACUCACCGUCACGGAGACCUCUGAAGGAAUCAAAGUCAGACAGGAUCGAUACCUCGAAACUGGAGACGUAAAAGAGGAUGAGAAUCAGACUCUUUGGAAGAUUCCUCUUAACCUGCUUACGGUUGAUGAGAGCGGUAAACCCGUCAUCAAGCGUGACCUCAUGACUGAGCGCGAGCAAACAUACCAAAUCGAUACUAGCAAGCCCUAUAAACUCAAUGCUGGGACCUCUGGAGUUUACCGCGUUCUUUAUCCACCCGAGAGAGUUAAGCUUCUGGGCAAGCAGGCUGUGGAUCCCAACUCUCCGUUCUCUGUCACUGAUCGCAUGGGCCUCAUCUCGGACGUGAUGGUCUUGGGCAAGAGUGGACUUUGCCGCACCAGCGACGGAUUGGCACUCCUCAAUGAGCUUCGAUCGGAAAGCCAAUAUCUUGUGUGGGAAAGUAUUGCGGAGAAGAUUGGAUCAAUCCUUGACGUUUGGUGGGAAAUGAGCGACGGUGUUCGUGCCAAUAUGAACGAGUUCAGACAGUCCCUCUUUGUUCCCUUGGUGAAAAAAUACGGCUUUGAGCCACGCAAAGAGGACACAUUCGACGAUCGUCAGCUUCGUACUCUUGCGAUUGGUCAGGCCGCGGGCGCAGAAGCUCCAGAGGUGAUAAAAGAGCUGCAGUCUCGGUUCAAGUUGCUGGUCGAAAGCAACGACCAUUCACGCAUCUUGCCCGAUAUCCAGUCAACGGCAUACUCCAUUGGCGUACGCUUUGGUGGAAGGGCCGAAUGGGAAACCGCAAAGAAGAUCUUUUUGAACCCUCCGACGCCAUCCGCGAGGACGCAUGCGAUUUAUGCCAUGACUGCAACUCGGGACCCUGAACUCAUCGAGGAGACUUUCAAGUUCCUGAUGACGGAGGUCAAGUCUCAGGAUAUGAUGCAAGUUAUCCGCACUCGCAUGUACUUCUUCCUCGGCCUCAACGCAAACCGCUUCACACGUCGUCAAACCUAUGCAUUCUUCAAGGACAAGUUUGAUGAGCUCUACAAGCGCUUCGAGGGUACAUUCAGCUUGGGAAACGUUGUCAAGAUUUCGCUCAAGGGCUUUGCCAUCAAGGGAGACCUCGAAGACAUCCAAGCAUUCUUCAAGGACAAGGACACAGCCAAAUACGCCAUGCCUCUGGAGCAAUCAUUGGACGCUAUUCGCAGCAACAUGAAGUGGUUGGAUCAAAGCAACAGCGAUGUAGUUGACUGGCUCGAGAGCUGGUCCGCGUCUAAUAAGACGAAUGCCAAGUACUAG